UCAGUAAUGAAGCUUGUUCUGAACACGAGCAGAGGAACGCAUACGUUUCUGACAGAAGCUAGUUUCUAUGUGUCUGAACAACUCCACUUGAUGUGCACUGCAGAUAUAAUGAUGUUGAAGCAAGUGGUUGGCAUUGGUAAAGCAAUUUAUGGAAGUAACAGAGCAAAGCUUAGACCUUUCUUGUGCCAAACCAGUUGUGGAUUUCACAAUGGACGGACGGUUCUUGCGCCGAGAAGUUUCUUCGGCGUAGAAGACUACGUGGACGACGACACAAGCCGACCAUACACAUACCAAAAGGAGAAAAAAUCGAAAAACCCAGACAAACACGUCUCCUUUAAGCAACGCACCGUCGCGUACAUGGAGCCCUUCACGCUCGACGUCUUCAUCUCAAAACGUUUCGUCUCGGCAUCCCUCACCCACCGCGUCACGUGCAAGCAAGUCGCGGUCGCGGGAACGAACUCAAAGGACGUGAAGGCGGUUUUGAGGUCGAGAUGCGAUAUCCCUGCGUGCAUGUCCAUAGGGAGGAUCUUGUCCGAGCGUGCGAAAGAGGCUGAUGUGUACACAGCUUCUUACACGCCAAGAGACCAAGACAAGUUCGAAGGGAAGAUCAGAGCUGUUGUUCAGUCUCUUAUUGAUAACGGGAUCGAUGUCAAAAUCUAUCUGGAUUAAGAUUACGAAACGUAAUGGUUGAGUCAUGUAGACGCAAGCGAGUCAUUGUUCAUUUCUUGGACAAUUUCGUUUCAAAUUAUAGCCGUAGUAGCGUAAUGAAAUAAGAGUUCUUAUGAAGACCAACUUUUCUGGUA